AUGUUGCAUGAUUUCUUUGAUGGGAAGGAGUUAUGCAAGAACAUUAACCCAUAUGAAGCUGUGGCUUAUGGGGUAGCAAUUAUGGCUGAAAACUUGUCUGGUGAAACUACGAAAAUUGUAAAGGAGAUGAUGGUAUAUGAUGUCACUCCCUUAUCACUUGGCGUCCAGACAAAAGGUGAUAUAAUGACGGUUGUCAUCAGAAGGAACACUCCUAUACCUGCGAAGAUUAGUACAAUUUUGUUUACAAUUGUAGACAACCAAUCUAGUGGAAGGAUCCCAGUUUACCAAGGUGAACGGUCCAAAUUUACUAACAACUACUUGUUGGGUUCCUUUGUAGUUUCUGGAAUUCCACCUGCUCCGAAGGGAGUCUCAGUAAUAUCAGUAUGCUUUGAAAUAGAUGAUCAUGGUAUACUCACACUUACGGCUAAGAUAGUAUCUACUGGCAUGACGGAAAAACUUACUGUUACUAAUUAUGGUGGAAUAUUGUCGAAGCAAGAGGUAGACAAAAUGAUGAAAGAUGCCGAGAAGUUCAAGCUUGAGGACCAACAAUUCAAAAGGAAGGCACAAGCGUACAAUGGCUUGGAUGAUGGCAUACAUUACUUAAGGGAGAAGAUCAGAAGUAAUGAUGUGCCCCCAAAGGAUUUGAACAACAUGCAUUAUGCACUUGCUGAAAUGAUGCAAUGGCUCUCUCAAGGCAGAGUUGCAGAGGUUGAAGAGAUUGAGCGCAGGAUGAAGUACCUGGUCAAUUUGGUAUGUAGGUUUAUAUUUCCAAAUUAA